CGUCUCCCAUCAUUUCCGAGUGUUCAGUGCAGUUGUUCGGUCGAUCGCCGCCGCGGUUCGGUUCGGGGUUCGAUUCGGUACCUAGCUUUUGUAGUUGCUGCGGCAGUCAGUCACCAUCAAGUGCGAAUAAAGUGUUGUGCGACGCGGUACGCGGUUUGCUGACGUCUCAUCGGUCGGUCGGUCGGGAACGGGGGACGAUAGUGGUCAAUCCGGAUUCGAGGGAAACCGGAGUUGGAUCGAACGAACCGUGCGCGAUUUUAUCUUUCUGCUACUUUCGGGGGGAAGGUGAAGGAUUGUUGUUCGAAGGAGAUUGCGGGCCUGUCAAAAUAGUGCGAGCCGAGUUCCAGCUGGAUGUGUUGACGACGGAAAUUAUUGUGUGUGCUGCCGUGCUGUGCGCGAGCCAGGUAAAGAUCGCAGUGAGCUGGGAGGAUUUUGUGUGGCUCGAAGAGUGCAGUGCAGGGGAAGAUAGCCUUGGGGGAAAGAAGUGCACACAGUGAUCUGGGAGCCGGAGAGUGCGGUGUGACGUGAGCGGAGAAGUACCAGCAGGGUGAAACCCCACUAAUAAUUGGAUACUAUUUUUGACGUGAAAGCGGUGCAGACUUGCUUCCGGAGGCCAAUACCCACACAAAUCAGAUAACCGCAUCCCCACCCGGACGAUAAAUUAUCGAUCGUUACGCCGUCUAGUCGAAGAAGGAUCAUGAUUCAUACGAUCCCAUUACAUCCUACGAAGAGGCGCCUACAGUACCGACAGUCGCGAUCGCGAGAUUAUCCAUCGAUCUAGUGUACCACAGUGAUCGCACUCAUUGCAAGAUCAGCUGAGCUGUGUUAUAGAUGAAGUGUGUGUGUUAAUAAUUUCAAUCUGACGAAGAUCAACCGGAGAAUCAAAGCAAUCGUGUGAAGAUCAGCAGCAGCGAGCAGCGAGGGAGAAGAGUGAAGAAGUGUUUAUUGCGAUGCUAAUCGCUCGAAUCAGCCAGCAGUCCCGUGUAUGAUCGAUCUGGGCACGGAAGUGUGCUUUUUUGUGGAGUCAUUUGUCGAUCGACGACGACCGACGGAGAGUCGUUCGAUGUUUACCCGGCUGAUAAGUGCAUAGGUGAAAAUUGUUUUCCAAGCGAAACCCCGUCAAUGUCAGAAAAGUUCAGCUUCAAUGCGUUCGUAGUACAAAAGCAGAGUGUUGUGAUCGCGCGUAGUAGUGGCCUUUCGGGUGGUGAGAUCGCUUAUCGCUUGAGAGAAGAAGAAGCAGCAGAAGAAUACGAAAAUGCGGCGUACAAGUCGGAAUUCCUUCAAUUUUGACUUUUCCCUGAGGAGGUUGCUGCUGCAAGGGGCCCGGGCGGCCCGGGGAAGCCCUCCAUUGGGGCAGAGGCUGUGCGAUGUGGAGAAGGGGAGUGGCAGAGACGGAGGAGGGGGACCCAGUGGUAGCAGCAGUAGCAAACAUCAUGACAAGGCCAGUGGAUCGUCCCACAGUGGCAGCCAUAAGCACAAUCUUGAUUCCACUUCGCAACAUUCGGCCAACUCGCCAGGCAAUCUGGACCGAGGCACCUCCACCUCCAAACUCACGCCAAAUAGUCAUAAGUCGUCCAAUAGUCUGCACAGUAAGAGCACGACCGGGUCCGGUUCCGGCGCUGCUUCGGCGGCGGCAGCCACCAAAUCGCCCGAGGAGUGCCCCCUCUGCUACGACAAUCUGCCGGCCGGCGACGAGUUCUACUCGUUGCUCAACUGCAAACACUACGCCUGCCGGGGCUGCCUGGAGAACUACCUGAUGAUCGAAAUCUCCGAAAGCCGCACGGACAUCAGCUGCCCGCAGUGUCCGGAAUCGAUGCACCCGACUGACAUUCAAACGCUGCUGAAAGCGUUCCCCGCUGCCAUAACCAAAUACGAAGACUUCAUGGUCCGGCGAGUGCUGCUGGCCGAUCCGGACUCCCGGUGGUGCCCGGGACCGGACUGCAGCUAUGCCGUCGUUGCCAGUGGCUGUGCUUCCUGCCCGCGGAUACGCUGCGAGCGGCCGGGUUGCGACGUGCAGUUCUGCUACCACUGCAAGGCCGAGUGGCAUCCGGAUCAGACGUGCGAUGCGGCCCGAGCGUCCCGCCAGAGUCCGACCAGGGCACCGUCCGGUAGUAUAAGUCAUGGUUCACACCAUAAGGAUGACAUCAAACCGUGCCCCCGGUGUCAGGUGCUCAUCGUCAAGAUGGACGACGGUUCGUGCAACCACAUGGUGUGCGCCAUCUGCGGAUCGGAGUUCUGCUGGCUGUGCAUGAAGGAGAUCAGCGACCUGCACUACCUGAGCCCGUCCGGGUGUACCUUCUGGGGCAAGAAGCCCUGGUCCCGGAAGAAGAAACUGCUGUGGCAACUGGGCACCCUGGUGGGAGCACCGCUGGGGAUAGCGCUCGUUGCCGGGAUUGCCGUGCCGGCGAUGAUCAUAGGGAUUCCCGUUUGGGUGGGGCGGAAGAUUCACACGCGGUACAAAUCGGCCGGAAAGCACAAACGGAAUCUGGCCGUGCUGGGUGGAGUGACGGCGUCGGUCGUAGUGUCACCGGUCCUGGCUGGCCUAGCCGUUGCCAUUGGCGUUCCAAUCCUUCUGUUCUACGUGUACGGAGUGGUACCCGUGUCGCUAUGUCGCGCCGGGUGCGGAGAAGGGACCAAGUUCGAGUUCGACGAAGAGGAAGACAACGGAUCCCGAAAUCAUGAUGCCACCAGUGUUGAUGCCGUGUCCCGCAUCGGGGCCACCAGUAUAGGAGAGGUUAGUCUGAGCGUUGCCAGCGGUAGUCAUCUAGGUGUUAGUAGUCAGCAUUCGAACUUUGGCGUCGUGACGAACCCGUCGACGCGCGAAUCGACGACCGCACUAGCGGGCAGCAUAACAGGCCAUCGCUUGGAAGUCCAGGCCGACAUUAGCACCUCGGAAACGGCCUCCGCCGUGACCUGCGUCAGUGAGAAAUCCGGCAACACGCUGAACGACACCGCCUCGACGAAGGCCCUGGCCGGCUCGAUUCUCAGCUACCGGGCGCACCAGAUGGCUACGGAUUCGGCCUGCUUCAGUGCCUCGGAGGACGGCGCCUCCGAGCGGGUGCGGUUCGAUAACACGGUAUGUUACGUCAUUGAUGGCAGCAGCGCCAGCAUGGGAUCUGGUGCCAACAAGAAAGAAUCCUGUGAUAUCUGGUAUACGGUCCCAUUGGAUCAGGACACGGCAGCGGACAAGGCCAGUCUGGGAAGUGGCCGCUCGUUUCGCAGUUCGGAGCGCUCGUUUCGGGACGAUUUCGAUUCGACCAGUUUGUCGUCUUCGCACAACACCGGCAACAUCACGAUCAGUAGCGGAACCGGCCAUCACGGCGGCGGCGCGAUAGGAACCAACCCCAGUGGAGGAGGAGGUAGCGGAACAUCGCUGGCGUCCAGCAGUACCAAACACCCCCGGAUCAAUGCCUUUGGGCAGCGCAUUCCAAAGCUGGGAUCGGCAGCCCUCCAGCACCGGACGCUGUCCAUCGACAGCAACACCGGUUCGUACAACAUCCCGGAGAAUGUAAGCCUGGAGCAGGAACUGGAGGAACAGGACCAGCAGGAGCAGCAGUCGCUGUCGUCGUCGUUGACCCAGUCGCCCAAGGUGACGGUUUCGCCGGUGGCGACCAUGGCGACUGGAAGCAGCAGCACAUCGCCGAGCCGAACAGCGGCGAUUGAUGAACCGCCCAAAUCUAGGACUCAUAUUUUGAGAAAUCUGUUCUUUGCACAAACCGGACCCGGAACGGCGGGAUCACGGGACGGGGCAAUGGGAGGAUCGUCACCCAAGUCGUAAGGUUCGGCGAACCGAAGCGAUUAGGGUUGGUGAUCGUUCGUAUUGUAUGUCAUUUCUCGGUUCCUCGCCAAAUCAUUUCCCGGAUUUUAAGUAUCUAUCACUUUGCAGGUGCACGUGCCUCAAAAUUUGUAUAACAAUUUAGUAUCAUAAUUCAUGGUUCAUAACACAGCAUUUAGUUACGGAGUAUUUUUCUGUUUCUUGGUUGAUUGUCAAUUGAUUUUCAUUGUAUAAUUAUCCAUGUUCAGUUUCCAUCUUUUAAUCCCCAUCAGCUGGUAUGGAACGUUCAAUUGAUUCUUUGGGAAAUGAUUUUUCGAAGAUACGGCUAAUUGAGAAAUGACAUUUACAACCGAACCGUGUGCAUUUUGUAGCCUGUAGCCCCCGUCACCAUUUAUAAGUAGGUAGCUAGUGACCAUGAAUGACAUUUGAAUUCGGACAGCAACGCUAUUUUUUACCGCUAUGAAAUCAGUUAUUAAACAAUAUUUGCAUUUAUUUUGAAUUGAUCAACAACGAACUGCGGAAGUUUGCGUAAGUAGGUAUAUAUUGGAUGGACAGAAAGGUAUAAGUUUCAAGAAGCUGAGUUUGGAUUUUAUAAGUGCUUUGAAGAUGCAUAUCUUGAGAAUUACACAUUAUUUCAGCAUACUUCCUUCGAAUAACAUGUUUAUAAUCCUUACUUCGUGCUCCAGAGGCACGUUCUGCUCCAUUUGGGAAAUUUGUGCCAUUGCCAUGAGCACGAGCCUAUUCAUCAUUCACCUGAAGGAGAAGGGAAGGAGGGAACGCAUAAAGCGUAAAGAGAGCCUAUAGCGCUUUACCACAGUGGGUCAAGAACAACAGAACAUCCUGAAGAUUAAGGUUUUGGAUUUACCGAAAGGCCAUAUGUCGAAUAGGGUGAUGAUGCACAUACCAAUUAACAAUGGUAGAUAGUCGUCGACAAAAACCAUAAGUAGGAAACCUGCUAUUAUUGAGUUGCUUCAAUAGCGUAUCUGCUACGAGUGGUGAUAAGACUCCCCCUUGGGGGCAUCCACAAACACUCAAUUUCCUAAUCGCCGCUUCACACAAUGUCGAGAAGAGAUGCCGCUUUUUGAGCAUUUGGUGAAUCCAAUUGGAAAUCAUUGGAGAUAUACCAUGACCCAGUGCGGCUUCCAAUACGGCAUCGAAAGGCACGUUAUCAAACGCACCCUCGAUGUCUAAGAAAACACCCAAGCAGGAUUGCUUUUGAGCGAAUGCUUUCUCGAUAUCGUAAACAACCUGUGUAAAAGAGUCACGGUUGACUUUCCAGAUUGGUAAGCAUGUUGGUUCACAUGAAGAGGCACGUUGGCCAAAUGAACAUCACGGAUGUGAUGAUCCACAAUGCGUUCUAAGCAUUUCAGAAGAAAAGAAGUCAAACUGAUAAGUCUAAAACUCUUUGCUUCUUCAUACGACGCACGACCCAGUUUCGGAAUGAACUUUACAGUAAUAUCCUGCCAAGAUUUGGGAAUAUACCCUGUAACAAAACUGCAAACAAUUUUUUUUUUUCAAAACAUGAUUGAAAUGAUCAAAUCCCUUCUGAAGCAAAAUAGGAUAAAUCCCAUCUGCCCCAGGAGAUUUAAAAGGAGCAAAGCUAUUAAGUGCCUACUCAAUCGAUUCUUUAGUUACAAUACUCCGAGCCGAAGCCAGGGAAUCGUAACUACAAGAAAAGACAUCAGGUUCAUUCGAAGAUGUAAUAUCCACACAUCCAGGAAAGUGUGUGUGCUGAAUAAGCAUUCCAGAACUUCCUCAUCAGAGGAAGACAGAUUCAGAGUUGCUCUCUGUCACUAUCAAUGGUAGGCAAACUGCCGAUUUUGAUAGGCUGGCGCGAUCCAAGUCAGCGUGUGCUCUGUUGAGUCACCGCGUCACCUUCACUUUUCUUUUCCCAUCACAACUGGAUUGAUUGCGAUGGCGAGUAGAUAUCACUGAUAGACCAUCUUUAAAAUUCGUUUUAAAAUCAAAAUAAACACUUAAAGUGAUGAAAUUUAAAUAUGUGGUACAGAAUGAAAAAAAAUCGUAUGAUGAUUGAUGGUCACAAAACAUUUUGAGUUUUGGCUAAAAUCGCAAAAAUAUCAGUUCAGUUGCUAUGAUAGUGCUCUGGAGUGUGGGUCAGUAUCAAGUCGUUGCCGGUCACUAUCGUUUUGAUAUUGAACGGCCUACAGUGAUAAAGCCUGUAUCCGCAAUAAUCGGUACACAGAAGUACGGCUGUAGCUCUGUAAUGAAUCGGUAAAAUUGGCCAAAUAAUUGACUGAGAACUCUUUGGUGUAUGUUUAUUAUGUGUGCCAAAUUUCAUAAAAAUCGAUGCAUUACUUUUAACUGUGGAUGAAAAACAAACAGACGUGGUUUUAAGCAUUUUGUACAAUCAUGACCAAUUUUCAUUCGCGUAGAAAAUGGUUCUUUUACGCUACAGUUCAACGUUCUGUAAUGAUAAUUAUGAAAUUUCGUUAGCAGUUAUGAUACUUAUAGAUACACUUUCUUGCAAAAUUUCAUCAACUUUUGUCAAUUGAUUCGAAAGCUACUGGUGUUGAUAGGGGUGAGUGUUAGUGAAAAUGUUUCGUGUUUUUCAUGUGCGAUGUUUGCCUAUUCAUAACUUUUAUAUUUCUUUACCAAAUUUAAUGAAAUUUCCACAGAAAGUACUUGAUUAUGUGAAUAUAAUGUCUGCAAAAUUUGAUGAUUAUUGGUAAAGUACUUUCAAUAGUACAAUCGAAACAAUAAAGGGUGAUGACUAAUUGCUGUCUGAGGGACUAAAAUCACGUUCAGUCCCAAUACAUGUUUCGAUUAUAAAGUUGUUCAUAGGGCAUCGAUUUUUUUGAAAUUUUGCCUAUGCAACGAAUGUAGUUUGAGAGGUUUGUGUUCAAAAUUUUAGCCAUUUCCUUUGCCAAAUUCAAAAGUUGCAGCCCUGACAAGCAAAACUAGGGGCUGUACAAAAUUCAAUGGCGCACAUUCUACUCUUUCAUUGCUACAACAAAAAGUACUGCACCGAUUCACAUGAAAUUUUGUAGGUGAAAUGAACACAUCUAAAGAUGUUAUUGGGCCAAAUUUGAGCAAUUUUAAUGUAUCUAUGACAGAGUUACAGCUGUAUUUCUGUGUCCCGAUUAUUGCGGAUACAGGCUUUAGUGACGAUGGUGCAAAAUCAGUAGUCAACUGACAUGACUGAUAUUUGGCAGCUCUGGACAGAUUGCCAUUUAGCAAACGAAGUUCGUUCACUCGGAAAUCUUUAGAUUUCGCAAGGAUUUUAUUUAACCGACUGACUUCACUCAAACUGGAAACAUUAGUACAAAUGUUUUUCCAGCCGGAUCGUUCAGCAGACCGGAGAGUUUUCUAAUAGGCCUUGCGAGCCGACCUGAAAGCCUCCGAUCUAGCCGAACGUCGUCUGUUCCAACUCUUUCUACAUUGUUUCCUGAGCUUCGCCAGAUCAGAGUUCCACCAAGGGGUUCCUCUUGUGGUCUUCACAGGCCGCAGAGGGCAAGCUUCUUUAAAAGCUUCCAUGAUGAAGGCCGUUGUAGUAUCAACGACAUCAUCUAAAUCACUUGGAGUGUCAAUGGAUGGUGAGUAUCUAUGAAAUUUGGCCGCAACCAAAUCAGUAAAGAGAUCCCAGUUUGUUGACCGGGGAUUCCUGAAACGCAAAGUUUGCGAAGUAACAUUUAAAUGUUCAAAAAAGAUGUAGCGAUGCUCAGAUAAAGAUUCUUCGCCUGACACAUGCCAAUUGGUUAGCUCGUGACUAAUUCUGCUAGAGCAACGCGUUAUGUCUAACACUUCCUCUCUGCCAGAUACCAUGAAGGUUGGGAGGUUGCCUAUGUUAAGUAAUCUAAGAUCUGUACUACUUAAGUAUUCCAUCAAACUGAAGCCUCUCUAAUUGAUGUCUGAGCUGCCCCAGAUUAUAUGGGGAGCAUUAGCAUCACUACCAACAAUUAGCGGAAGGCCUUUUGAAGUGCAGUAUGCAAUGACUUGCUUGAAAGCAUCCGUAGGGGAUGGUUCAUCAUGCGGUAAAUAAACCGAACAAUAAACGUAUUUCCUGUUGAGGUUUCCAACAGAUACAUUGAUUGUGAUAGCACAUACAUCUCUAGUAGUUAGUUCAGAGAUGAGUGUAGCAAUGAUUGCGUUGUUGACAAGCACACAUGCUCGAGGCAUGACACGUGAGUUUGCCAUUUCAUUUUUACUGAAAGUAGCAAACACCGGAUUCACAAGGUUUCCUAGAUAGAAAUUCCCCUUACGAAUGUAAGGUUCUUGGACUAACGCCACUUGGGCUGUACCAUUUUGCAUAAGUCUACAAAGAUUGAUCGUUGCUGUUCUUUUGUGCUGAAGAUUGAUCUGAGCUAUUCUAACCGUAGCCACUACCCAAACUAGGCAAGAUUAAACUUUUCGCAACAACAGCAUAACAAAGAGCAGCAGCAACAAAACCAGAUCGGUAUCGAUUGGAAAACGCCAAAGGCGAGGAUGCACAGAAUAUACUGUGUAAAUCGCAUAAUGAGAAGACAUAUAGGUGAAAAUUUAAACUAAUUAACAACAUCCCGCCCUUAUUUAGCUUCAAGUGAGACUAAAGAAGGGCAGCCGAUUGUCUCGGAGAAACACAAGGUCCACUGCACCAUUGCUUCGGUUAGCGCAGUAAGGACAACAUACUGUGGAGGGCGCCCUGGUACUCCACAGGCUCCGUUUGCAGUUAGGUUUUUAUUAGACCCCCCCGUAGCUAUUCAUUCCUAGGCACGGUAUGCAUGAAGCCGCAUCACACCAUGAAUUAGGGGUCACCUGUUGGUGGACUCUUACCACCGGAACAGGCGGUCUGUAGUGUUAUUCUUAGCCAAUUGAGACAAUCGCUACCGACACUACACAGCUAUCUAGGCUGAUCAAGAAAAGAAGUUAAUAUUGAUGAUAAACUUCAUACGGGCCGAACAGCCGUUAGUUACUCUUCCUUUUUCGGGGCCCCUUUCUCCUGCUGCCAAUAAUCCUCUCUCAUAAUGAAUUUGAACAACAACCACCAGAUAGGUUUUGUCUAUUAUCCAAACUCAGUCUUUACAGUUUAGUUUACACUUCUGUUCACUUUUUUACAAACGGCAAAUUUCUGAGCAGCUGAUCAAUGGCAGCCAGUGAUUGUUUUUGAAAGCUUAAGGACUAUAACAGGUACCGCCGUGCGGGGUGUCAUUAGGCCAAAGCGGGGUGACAUUGGGCCACUAUUCCGCACGUUUAGAAUACGAAGAGAAUGCAUAUUGUGUGCUUAGCUACUAGAAUACAUAAUUCUAAGAUACUUUGCAUCCACCGUUGGAUUCUUUGACUUAUAUUGAAUCCGUGGGAUCGAUGGACCAAUGUUACCCUCUAGGCCCAAUGUCACCCCUAACGACGGUACAGAGAAGUACACAUAAAAAAAAAAUUGGUAAAAACAUCUCUAGAUAUCUAGAUCUAAACAAACAGUAUAUUCAAUGAAAAGUUGGCAACGUAAUAGAAGAAAAACAUGAAAGUAAGCAGCUAAACAUACGAUAGAACAAACCCGACAAAAGACUGCUAAGUAGUUGAACAGAGUAAAAAAGCUGGAAGACAGGAGAAAUGAUAAAUAAUCAUCGCAGAAACAGGCACAAAAAAAGGCAACCGCAAGAGGGGAUUACACAUUUUUUUUGUAUUGAUUUUAGAUAGAAUCGGUCACAUUAGCGCCCGGCUGUGCCCGGCUAAGACGAGACAAGAGCGUUGUCGCUCGAGAUUGAGUUCUAGUGAAUUUGAAAUUCCAAAAACAGAAUCAUACAAACGCUAGAAAGAAAAAAAAACCUACGAAAACAUUUAUACCUUAGCCAAAUUUAAAUUGAAUCAUGAUGAACCACAAACGAAGUAAAAUGUUAGAACAUAACGUGAAGAGUCCAUAAUUUAUGCAUUACUCCUUAUUAGAAAUUAGGAUGAUGUGAUUGUUUGUAAUUCCGCGAGAGAAAUAAAGACAAACACACACACACGCAUGAUACAAAAGAAAAACGACGCUGGCACACGCUCACAACCGAGUGGUGUGCUAAAUUAGGUUUUAGCUAGCGAGACGAGGAAGAUUAGGGAACGAUUCAAAUCUUUCGUUCUUCGGUGUGUUGAUCAGUAGGACAGAAAUGCUAUCAACCAACAAAUACAAACAUUGCACUAGUGAAGAACUCUCAUAGUUAUACAGGCGUAGAUUGUUUUUGUAUCCACCUUUUUUUACUAUUAUUAUUUAAUCAAUGUUCUAUCAACUGUGAGUAGACGUAUAAGUCAAACACGUGCGUGGAGACCGGAGCAAGAGAUCGGACUCGGGCCAUUGGAAAUCUACGCAGGAGAACGGGAGGCCGAAUUGAAUGAAGGGAAAGUUUUAAAUCCACACACACAAAUGAUACCUUACCAGCUAGCUAUCGUACCGUGUAAUACAAGUACUCAUUUUCUCUCUCUUGGAAAGAUGAACACAA